AUGGUUCAAGGGUUGAGGGCACUCAAAUCGGCGCUAGUGGAAUACGUCAAGAGAUGCGUUGCUGAGAGGCGGUCGGCGCCGUCCAAUCACCCUACUGGGCCAAGUACCUCCCCCCUCGACGAUGACGGAAUCGAAACUAAGACGGCGUCUCAAGCUGGCGUGUAUCGCCCGGCGUAUUCCGGCGCGCACGACACUAGAACUAGCGGUCAUGUUGGCGGCGGUGGCGAGGCCGACUUGGUAGGAGGAGAGGAGCGGAGGGCAGGGUCCGUUGAGGAGUCAUCUACUGACUCAGAGUCAGAGUCGGGAUCCGAGGAGGAGGAGGAUGAAGAGGAGGAGGAGGAGCGUGCAGGGAAGAAGGCUGUUGGUGCUGAGGCGGACACAGACGCCGACCACGGUGUUGGUUAUGACCCGAUGUCGACCGGCGGGACAGGCGCAACUGCAGCGUCGGUUGGGGACAAGCCUCGUAGGAAGGCGCCGGUGCAUGGUCAGCCUGCGUCGACCACAUCUUCAAAGUCGGCGUUUGCAGCCGCACUUGCUCACGUGAAGCGACUGGAAGAGGAGAACAUGAAACUGAGGGACGAGAAUGCGGGGCUGCGGUCGGAUCUGGUUACCGAGAGGUGUCGGACGGAGGGGUUGUUGGCGACGGCGGCUGAGUGCCUCGCGGCUGUCAAGUCGCUUACCGAACGCGUCGCCGCCGCCGAGCAGACCGCGGGGACACACAUCUCCACAGCCACAGCAGCCAUGACCGGCGUCUUCACCAAGGUGCUGGUCAAUCGGGUUGCUCUGGUCAAGGCGUGCAGCAGCAUGGCGACAACGUUGUUGGGGGAAAUCACAAAGGGCUUGGACAAGCUGGCCGUCGCCCGCCGUGAUGCCGACGUGCGGUUGGAGAACCACGUGACCAGCGUGGGGGAUAACGUUAAGGCGGUGUUGGCCGAUUACAUCCACACCAAGUUAGCCUCAACUUCCACCAGCAUCGUCGGCGGCUUAUCCCGCAGCAUCGUGCCGCCCCCGCCCGGUCCAUCCCCCGCGCUGCCUGAAGAAGUCAUCAAAGCAAUGAGGGAUGACAUUGUUCAGGCGGUGACCGCCGUCACGCAGCAGGCGCUGGGAACCGUCGGCUUCACGCUUCUGCCCAACGUGCUUGCUACAAUGAGGCUGGGGCGGCGUGGUUCGUCCCCGUCAGCCGGCGACCUGGGGACCGCGCAAAGGCAUAGGCCGGAAAAAAGGGCUGGCAGCGGAAGUGCAGCCGACGGCGACAACGCGGGAAAUUCGAAGCGGAGUAAAGGUGUUGGUGGGGAGCGAGCAGUCGGCGGCGACGUUCCAGAUCGUGCCCAGUCCGGUUCUCCCGUCCUCGACAUGCUGAGGAGAAAAGGGGCGACAACUCGGCUCCUUGGCCCGCAAAGUAGAGGCGGAGCUGGCGGCAGCUCGGAGGGCAGGACUGCCGCCGAAGAGGGUGUGCGAGCCGGCGGGUCUUCCACUCACGGUGGUGGAAGGAAAGGCCGAGCGGCGAUAGGCGUUGAUCGCGGGCCGCCAUUCGAUGUUGAGGCUCCGUCAAUCGGCGAUCAGACUCACCAGGCUCCUGUGGUCGGCGUGGGGGGGGACACGGGCGCCCUCGGCGUGGAGGAUGAUCCCGUGGCGAGAGCGUUGAUGGAGGAGCUUCUUGCUUUUCAGGCGCCAUCGCAGCAGCAGCCCGUCACCAUCGAUAACACCGCUGUCCCAACAACUCGCGGGGGGGCGCAACCUGUCGCCGGUACAGCACCAACAUCCCCGGUCUCGGCCGAUGUCAACGCGCGUCACACGGCAGCACCAUCUGCGGAUCCGCCGACAACUGGGCCCGUCGCAGCGCCAAGCACGGGGCAAGACAACGCCGGUCAGACCCUCACGGACCCGAUCGCGGCCAUGCUUCUGGCCGCGGUCAACUCGUUUCAAGCGGCGGCACCUUCAUCGCAUCCGCCAACUACUGUCACCAGCGCUGCGCCGACCAUGCAGCUCCCUGCCGCUGUUGCCACGCCGUCGGACCCAGUCUCGGACAUGCUGAUGGCCGAGGUCAACGCGCUUUCAGCAGGUGCACAAUCCGCUCAACCGCCGACUCACCGCACGCGCACUGCGCCGACCACGGUGAACUUGGCGGAGCCCGUACACCAAGAAGCGGCAAACGAGACGGUUCCAACGGCGGUGCCAACGCAUCACCAGGUCGGCGCGGCGUCUGGACAAGGUGAUUGGGGCGCGGUUGCAGGAGACGAUGGUGCGGGGGAGAUCCCUCUCAUCAUCGAGGACGAGGAUGUGGAAUUGAUACAAGCGGCGAUAGAAGCAGACGAAGUAGCCGCACUUCAGUCUGUGGGAGGUACGUCGGGCAUCAGUGGCGUGGAGGGUCGGCCUGCCGGUGUUACAAUGUCCACCCAGGCCGGGCAGACCGUGCAGCCGGCCUGUUUGGCAUCCACCGGCGUCAGUGUAGCCGGCCAGGCUGUUCCGCCCAUUCAGAGUCAUCCUGCCGGCUUCAUACAGGUGGAUAGGGCCUUCCAGACCGGCCCGAGCGGCGUCACUGGUUCUGACCAGGCUGGUCUGGCUGGAGAGUCCACUCGGCCCACUGCCGUUACAGUGGCUACUCAGGCCGGCCAGGCCGGGCCUUCGGACAGGUCGGCGGGCGUCACUGUUGCGGACCUGGCGGGUCAGGCGGGGACGUUCCAGAAAGUCCUCGCCGACUUCAAACUGAAGAAGUCAUCAGGGCCCCCGCUGAUGAAAGUGCUGAGGCCGGCGGUGUGGUUCGGCACUGGUUGGGAGCCGGCCAAGCGCAAGCAGCAGCUCAGCGACAUCAUCAACCGCGCUUGCUUGUGCGCGGCGUUUUGGCCAGUCGCGGCAGAUGCCGUCCCCAAAACUGGUGCAGACGCCAAGCGCAUAGGCCAAGCUGUCGCUGCUUCAUCUUGCGCCGUCUGGUGCUUCGCCGAGACCGUGGCUGAGGUCGGCAAUGCGGCGGGUAAAGCGAAGGCGGCGGCACUGCUGUGUGAAGCGAGCACCGAUUUUGCUGACACUUGUCACGACGUCGUGGUUGCGGUGCUAGAAACGGCGGUUGCGAGACAACCCGUCCUGGGAGAGGUCUCGUGCAACGUCACCGGCGCACUGCAGAAGGAUGCUCUUCGGAAGGCGUGCAAGGGCUGUGACCCCACACCCGACGCCGAGAUUAUCGCGAGGGCGACUAUCGAGACCCUCGCUUUCUGGGGGUCGUGCAACGCCGGCGGCCCCCUUCUCCGAGCACGCGGCAUUCAAGUGCCGCUGGACAAGCAGAUGGAGAAGGAUAUGGAUAACAGGGGAAAGAAGGGAUAG